CAGACAUCGUUGAUAGUCGUCAUUUGUGAGUUGUGACAUCUUCCAUAUUAGCUAAUAAUAUCUUAUUUCUUAAAAAUGAACUGACCUACUUUAUGUUUAUGACUUGCACACGUACCACAGUGGACUAGGAAUCGAAGAGACGAACGGACACACAUUAAAAUGGCGAUGGCAGACGGAAGUCCGCCUCCACUUGACGAAGACUGGGAGAGAAUAAGAGCGAUACGGCGGUUCCGCGAGCUAUUCCAUGGCCGUUUUACGGACGCCCAGGGGAUGGUCAUCGUGCGCCACACUGGCUGGAACGCAGAGGCCGCCGUUACGUUUGUGCUUGAUGCGUCCCCAGAGAGUCUCCAUUCCGUUUUGGCUGACAGUGAUUGGCAGGAAGUGACGCACGUCCGGCGGGACACGGUGCUACGGGAUAUCGCGCGCCGGUACGCGGUGACGGCUGAGAUCCGACAGUUCACGUGCCAGGAGUGUGACAACAUGUGGUGGCGCAAAGUCCCAACGAGAAAACCCGUCGGGCGUUGUCACUUGUGUUGGGGAAAGUUCGACCCGCUGCCCAGGAAUAAGGAAUUCGGCUGGGCAAAGUUUAUCUGUGUGUGCGGCAAUGAAUUCCAUGCGUUCGGUGCGAUGGACAUCUUCGCCUUGGGUCACGGAAUGAGUGGAAAGAGCAAGAGUAUGUGUUACGUGUGUAUGCAGACCCUUUGUGAACCGGUCGAAAUCCUGCCGCCUCUAAGGGGGCGCAUGCGUGAGAACGGCCGGGCGCGCCGCCGUUACACACAUAGAUGUACCGCAUACAACUGUUAUAACCGAUACGAUCCUGCGCCGGGGGAGCCUGUAGUUCCCGUCUGCGUGCACCCGAACUCGCUGGAGCAUAAGGUGAUUGAACCGAGCCCGGAUCACGUGAGCACGGGCUCCACGGUGAAGACUUUCCUCACGCAGGACGAGCUCGCCCCGCCACACGCCCCGUACGAGCCCAGCCUCGCCAGCAUCCCCGAUGACAGCGGCGACGACAACGCGUAGCAGAAUUGUUAUUGCUAUUCAAAAUUAUGAAAUUAAAUUCCCAUCAUCAUGUUCAGCAUUAUAAUUAAAUUAUUGAUGUAAUAUACAGGUAUACACUGUACAUACCAUUCACUUAUUCACUUAGACGUGGUAUGUACAUUUUAUUUGAGUAAAUAUUUUAUCACUCAAA